UGUCUCGGAGGGGGUUUUGGUUCCUUGCCGCUGUCGCCUCUGGCUUGCUCAGUCAGGGACACUUAAUUUCUAGCGAUUAUCACCGAUUUGAUUGCACAGAUACUAUUUAAACUAAACUGAGCUAGACAAUGACAUCUCUGAAUUCAAUAAUGAAAUGCCUUUAACUGAAAAUUGAGUGUUUAAUCUUAUCAUUAUACAUUACUGACACUCUAUCCUCCAAUUUGAUACUGUUAAGUGCUUUGACACAAUCUGUAUUGUAAAAGCGCUAUAUAAAUAAAGGUGACUUGACUUGACUUUUAUUUCCAACACACAGGGUAUAUCCACACAUGGAACAAGGGAUGACACACGAACGUAACUGGUAGACCCGAUGAACACAAACUGAACAGACUAGGGCUUAUAAAGACAGGACAAUCAAGGAACUAAGGAGACACACCUGGAAUCAAAUUAACACAAUCAGACAGGGGAAAAAAACUGGGUCACAGGGGACACAUGGGGAGCAAAAACGCAACAAAACAGUCCAGGGGUGUGACAAUGACCUUCAUAAAAGGGGGGAAAAAAAUAGCUUUUAGACUUUUUUGGCCCACUGAUGCUAUGCAUAUCAAGUGCUUGAAGGUACAAGUGAAAUGAUUUAAAUGCAAAGACAUUACAUUGACUUCUCUUAUCAAUCACUUUAUGGAGGCGUGUAACUGUAUCCUAGGAUAAAAACAGAACAGAACACAUUUAUCAUAAAUAGAAAGUAAAACCCAGCCCAUUAUAACCAAAUACAGCGGCUGCACUGCUGAGACAACAUUGUCUAUAUAAAAGGAGACAUCUUGGACCUCAGGGACUGCCAACCACUGGAAGGUGAGUCAAGACUCUGCUGUGCCAAAAUUAUUAAUUUAAUUAAUAAUAUAAAAUUACUUAUAAUAUUAAUAGGAAUGUUUGAUAUUGUUAAAAGAAAAAGGGCAUACAUUAAAUUAUAUAUUAACAGAAAACAAUAUCUAUUAAAUAGUCUGUGUCCAUGCACUUAACAGAACCUAGCAGAAACCUUUCUGGCCUUGAAAACAAAAAGGUGGGCAGCUUGGAUGUACACAUAAUGAAAUACCACAUCUUUAAUGAAAGUACUAUGUUAAUGCAAAAGAAUAAUUAAUAGUGGAACAUUGUUUUCAUAACUUAAGUAAGUUUGACACCUACAUUGUUUUACAUAUUAACCUUUUAACAGAAAAGUACUACCAUGGGAGAUGGUGAAAUGGAGUGUUUCGGGCCCGCGGCCGUUUACCUUCGGAAGCCAGAAAGAGAGCGAAUCGAGGUUCAGAACACCCCCUUAGAUGCCAAAUCAGCAAUCUUCAUGACAGACGCAGAUGAGGAAGGUACAGUGAAAGAAUGAUGCAAAAGCAGAAGGUCCCUGUGGAAGCGGAGUGACCGGGGACCAAGGCAGAGCCGGCAGAGCAGGAAGCCAGGGCAGAGUGGACGGGACUGGAGCCCACCAGGGCGGAGCCGACGGGACUGGAGCCCACCAGGGCGGAGCAGAAGACUGCCAGAGCCAGACAGCAGACCACCACGGCAGCGCAGAUAGAGCAGGAGCCCACCAGGGCGGAGCAGAAGACCACCAGAGCCAGAUAGUGGACCACCACAGCGGAGCAGAUGGAACAGGUGGAGCAGAAGACCACCAGAGCGGAGCAGACGGACCCGCAGACCACCACGGUGGAGCAGAUAGAGCAGGAGCCCACUACGACGGAUUAGGAACCCACAGCAGAGCCUGGGACCUAGGGAGAACAGAGACAUAAAAAGGAGAGAGAACAUGCACGCACCCAAGGACCGAGGCAGGGAACACAGAAAGUUCAUUGACGGCCUCCAUAGCUGUCACAGGACAGAACGAGAGUUCAUUGACGGCCUCCAUAGCCAUGACAGGACAGAACGAAAGUUCAUUGACGGCCUCCAUAGCCAUGACAGGACAGAACGAGAGUUCAUUGACGGCCUCCAUAGCUGUGACAGGACAGAACGAGAGUUCACCGACGAUACCGCUGACACCUCUGGAGGUUCUGCAGCAGCUGCCGCCACCUCUGGAGGUUCUACAGCAGUAAACUCAGGACACAGGGAGAGUUUAGUAACGGUCUCUUCGACCGCAACACAACUGGUUGAGAGUACAUUACUGGGUGCCACCACCAUACAAGGGGCCGACGCGAGCCCCGCCGCUUCUGGAGGUUCUGCAGCGUGGACCGCCACCUCUGGAGAAGCUACAGCGGGCGCCACCACCUCGGGCAGUUCUGCGGUGGUGUACGCAGCCCAAACGCAACACAAAGCGAUUCCCAUCCGGGGAAGUGCCUCAGACAGGGGAAUAUGCAUAAGAACAGGAGGGUUAGAGGGAGUUGGUUUGGGGAUACCAGCCAUGCGUGCAGACACCAGCGGUACAUCCCUCAAACUAGACAUCAAACUGGGAUAGUGGAAGACUGACCUUGAUGAUCUGGGUGUGUCUGCCCGGACGUGACGUGACUCUGGACGGUCAGCGGAGACGUGACGUGACUCUGGACGAGCAGCGGAGACGUGACGUGACUCUGGACGAGCAGCGGAGACGUGACGUGACUCUGGACGAGCAGCGGAGCGUGGCGUGACUCUGGACGAGCAGCGGAGACGUGACGUGACUCUGGACGAGCAGCGGAGACGUGACGUGACUCUGGACGAGCAGCGGAGACGUGACGUGACUCUGGACGAGCAGCGGAGACGUGACGUGACUCUGGACGAGCAGCGGAGACGUGACGUGACUCUGGACGAGCAGCGGAGACGGGGCAAGAUUCUGGGAGAUCAGUUGAGACGUGACUCGGUUGAUGACGACCAAUUGUGACUUGAUUUGACUCUCUGACAUCAACUGUGACUUGAUUGGACUCUUUGACAUUAACUAUGACUUGACUUAGCUCAUGAAAAUCAGCUUUGACUUGACUUGAUUCAUGGCGAUCAGCGGUGACUUGACUUAGCUCAUGAAGAUCAGCUUUGACUUGGCUUGACUUGUGAAGAUCGGCUGUGUCUUGGCUUGACUCGUGAAGAUCGGCUGUGUCUUGGCUUGACGGUUGCGAUCAUACAAUUGAGUGCGGUGUCGCGUUCCUCUGCGACACCCACAGUGAACGAUGAACCAACAGUCAAUAGAGCAUAGUCCAUAAAAUCACUUAAAGACGAACGGGGACCCUCACGAAUGAGUCGUGAUUUGAGCGGCUGGUUAAUGCCCUCGCAAAAGAAGUCUAUGAGUACACAGUCCGGCAGAUCAGAAAAAUAGGCCACAUCUAAAUACUCUUGUAUAUAAUCCUCGAGCGAUCGCACUCCCUGCUCGAGGGUUAAUAACAGUCUUGCAGUGUCCAUACCUGGCCAAUAUCCGCAUGAAAAGCUGCUGGAUCCUUGUGUGGCCGAGUAUUCUGUUACGGGGCUGACGAGACGUGAGACGUGCGGAUCCAUCUGCAGACUUUUAUUGAAGAGAGACGUGGUCAUAACAGGCAGGGUCAAACAGUGGCAAACAGGUAUAACAUGGGUGAGACAAAGAGUAAACUGAGACAAGCGUGGGUCAACGAUCGGCGAACAGUAUCCAAAGGGGCGAGACAGGAGAGGUAAUCCAAAACGUCAGCGAUAGUCCAGGCAGGGGAAAACACAAUCCGACAAAGGCAAGGCAAGACUAGGGAAACUAACGGGGCUCUGUAAGGCAGCGAUAAUGCAUACAAUACUCGGCCGUGACGGAAGGAAAGUCCAGGGUUGAAAUAGAGUGUGUGAUUAGUGAGAGCUGUGUGUGCAAUCAGUGCAAUUGUAAUAUGUGGCAGCUGUGUGAUCUGUGCGAUGGAUGAUGGUGAGUGAGUGACCUCUGGUGGUGAGUGAAUGGAAGUACAGACCAGAUUCGUGACAACUUUAAUGCAGGGUUCCUGAAUUAGUUUUCGCAGAGGGCCGAAUUCUGCCAACAAUACCAAGCCAAGGGCCACUGACCUAUAUAUAUAUAUAUUAGU